GCGCGCGCCGCGGAACCGCAGUCGAGCUCGGGUCGGCGCGACGCGCGGUGCGCUGAAAGAUAACUGUGAAACUGUAACUGAAAGGUGCUGAAGUGGCGAUGUUGGCGAACAUGGACGGCAAGGAGUACGGCGCGCUGCAUGCGGCGGCCGCGGCCGCGGGCUACGCCAUGGACACUGACCCCAACAGCGCGGCGCUGUCGGGCGGCGCGCAGCAGUACGGCGAGGUGAACCAGCUGGGCGGCGUGUUCGUCAACGGACGCCCGCUGCCCAACGCUGUCAGGUUGCGGAUUGUGGAGCUAGCUCAGCUUGGGAUCAGGCCGUGCGACAUCAGCCGGCAGCUGCGCGUGUCCCACGGCUGCGUGUCCAAGAUCCUGGCGCGCUACCACGAGACCGGCUCCAUCCUGCCCGGCGCCAUCGGCGGCUCCAAGCCGCGCGUCACCACGCCCAAGGUGGUAUCCUACAUCAAGCAGCUCAAAGCCAAGGACCCGGGCAUCUUCGCGUGGGAGAUCCGCGACCGGCUGCUCUCCGACGGCGUGUGCGACAAGUACAACGUGCCAUCCGUGUCCUCCAUCAGUCGCAUCCUACGCAACAAGCUCGGGGCAGCGUUCCCGCCGCCGCUGUACGCGCCGCCGCAGCGCUGCUGGCCGCUGCACCAGCCGUAUGACUACUAUGUGUAUUUACAGGGCCGGCAGCACGCAGCACCACACGGGCUGCCGCACCCGCACCAGCAGCCGCCGCACCACACGCACGCGCAUGCGCUAUGACGUCAGAGUGGUGGCCCGUGACGUCAUCACGGCAGCACGCACCACACGCAUGCGCUAUGACGUCACUAGAGCCUCGGCUCGUGACGUCAUCAUGCCCGCGCCACGCUGUGACGUCAGCACCUGAGUUGCCCAGUGUUUGCCGACUGUGAAGCCACAUGAAGGCUGGUGGACAGGAGAAUGGUAACUAUAGUGACAGUGGUAACGAUAUAGUGACGUUACAAGUGUUUAGUGUACCAGUGUUAGAAUUUAAGGAUAAGUUAUUGUGCGGGUUUAGGUACCUAAGAGUAAUUUCAGUUUUAAUUGCAAAUAUUUUCAUUUAAAAUAGCAGAAGGUGCUUAAAUAGAGUUCGGAUUGAUUGCAUAGUUCGGUACUUACAGUGGUUUAAGGAAUGAAAUAUUUCAGAUGAAAUUUCUAUCCAUCGAUCGAUUCAAACUGAAUGUAAAUAAAAAUAAAUACUUACAUGAGACACUUAUCAAUGAUUGCCAAUAAUCUAGGAGUUAUUCUUUUCCUUAUCAUUAAUUUCAUUACCUACAGAUUAAAAAGACUUUGAAUGCUAACGCAUAGAUUAAGUUUGCCUUUCGACAACUGGACAUAACAACGGCCGGUACCUGUGUAGAAUAAUAGGUGUUUACAACGCAUAAACCCGAUAUUAGUCUACUGUUACAUAAGUAUAAUGAUGUGUAGGUAUUAUAAUGACCUGCCCAGGAACCGUGAUAAAUAAUGUGCCUUUUUCUCCUUCGCUUUUUUCUAUAAAUUUAACUCACCAAUUUUUAACUUUUACAUUUUAGUAAGUCGGCACAUUGUGUAAAGACUUUUUAGUACUUAUAUAGCUUGGGUAUUAAAUAGGUGGAAUUUAAUUUAUAAGUGUUCCAACCGAAGGCAGUUCUUUAUUUGUGCAAGGAACGAUGACGGAUCUACCAAACAACUGACUCUAUAUACUUAUAGUUUUGUUUUUAAGCGUUGGUGUCAAGGGUCUUAUUUCAUAAGUCUAGAUUAUAAACUUAAACAAAGUAUUAUUUAACUUACUUGUGUAAAUAAAAACUAUUUUUAUUCGAAGUGUAAGAUAACAAUUGUAUGUGUAAGUUGUAUAACCUUAAUUAUCUUAAUUUAAGUUAGGAUAACGAGAGACGAAUAUUUAAUUAAAUGUAAUGGGUGCAAUGAUGUAAAUAUCACUAAGCUAUAAGUAUUUAAUAAACUGUGAGAGCACUUACCUUUUCACCAUGGCCAUGGUCACAGCUCAAGACUGUUUCUUCUUCAUUAGUAUUUUUGAUGUCUACAUAAAUUUAUAAAUAUAAAAUGUUUAUAGGCAGAGUUUUAUACAAACAAUAUUUUAAUGAUUAUCUCCUGCAACAUAAUAAUUAUGAAAUAAACUUAUCAUUAAUGGAGCACGAUCUGUAAAAAUAAAAUGGUUUGUUCAUAUA